UGGAAGAAACAGCAAAUGCAAACUUCCUCAAGGGGAAAGGAGUCUGACAUGUGGGACCAGCACAAAGACUGCAUGGCUGGAAGUAUGGGAGGCAAGGAGGAGGCGGGUGAGAUCAGAAAGGUGAGGAGAAGGCAAUCUCAGCACAGAGGGGCUGAGUCUAUUUUGAUGAUGGGACGCUCUUGGAGAGAUGAGUGCAGGAUCGUGACCUGAUCCGAUUUGUCUUUAGAGAGAUCCACUUUGGCCAGCUGCAUACAGAGUGGAUCUAUGUUGUCAAGAUCCAAUCAACAAAACACAAAUCACUCUAUGUAUUCCAGACAAGAGGAAUUUGAUACAAAGAAGGAGCUGGACUAUCAGAGGGGCUGGGCAGCAUCAGAGUGACAGCCGGUACCAUCUCCAGCAGGGGCUGAGUCGCUGGUGUGGAGGAGAGAGCCACAGUCCCCGGCUUGCACCCUUCCAUGGGGCCAGCCAAACCCCCAGAAGGAUGGCAGCCAGGGCGUCUGAGCCAGCGCCUGGGCAGCCUGUGAGCACAGGGCGAAGCCUGAGCACUCGAAUGGCCAACGCCACAGGGCUGAGCGCCCCAGAAGUCGCAGCCUCGAUGGGAUUGAUCCUGGCGGCUCUCGUGGAGGCGGCGGCACUGCUGGGCAACGGCGCGCUGCUGGUGGUGGUGUUGCGCACGCCGGGACUGCGCGACGCCCUCUACCUCGUGCACCUGUGCGUCGUGGACCUGCUGGCGGCCGCCUCCAUCAUGCCGCUGGGCCUGCUGGCCGCUCCGCCGCCGGGGCUGGGCCGCGUGCGCCUGGGCCCCGCACCCUGCCGCGCGGCGCGCUUCCUCUCGGCGGCGCUGCUGCCCGCCUGCACGCUCGGCGUGGCGGCGCUCGGCCUGGCGCGCUACCGCCUCAUAGUUCAUCCGCUGCGGCCCGGCGCGCGGCCUCCGCCCACCCUCGUGCUCACGGCCGUGUGGGCGGCGGCCGGGCUGCUGGGCGCGCUCUCUUUGCUCGGGCCGCCGCCCGCACCGCCCCCGGCCCCGGCUCGCUGCUCGGUCCUGGCCGGGGGCCUCGGGCCCUUCCGGCCGCUCUGGGCGCUGCUGGCCUUCGCGCUGCCCGCCCUCCUGCUGCUCGGCGCCUACGGCAGCAUCUUCCUCGUGGCGCGCCGGGCCGCCCUGCGGCCCCCACGGCCCGCACGCGGGUCCCGGCCGCGCUCCGACUCUCUGGACAGUCGCCUCUCCAUCUUGCCGCCCCUCCGGCCUCGCCCGCGCUGGGGCAAAGCAGCCCUGGCUCCGGCGCUGGCCGUGGGCCAGUUCGCAGCCUGCUGGCUGCCUUAUGGCUGUGCGUGCUUGGCGCCUGCUGCCCAGGCCGCAGCGGCCGAGGCCGCCGUCACCUGGAUAGCCUACUCGGCCUUCGCGGCUCACCCCUUCUUGUACGGCCUGCUGCAGCGCCCUGUACGCCGGACGCUGGGCCGCCUUGCCCGCCGAGCGCUGCCGCGGUCCCCGAGAGCCUGCACUUCGCGGGCCUGGCACCCGCGGGCCCUCCUGCAGCGCCUCCAGAGACCUCCAGAGGGCCCUGCCCUUGGCGCUUCGGAGGCACCUGAACAAGGCCGGGACUUGACAGGAAGGGAGAGCCUGAGCAUGUCAGAGGCCACGUGAGAGAUGUCUCCCAGGUGAGCCGGGACUGGAGAGAGCAGGGUGGUACCGGGAAGGGCCCGUCCAGCCUCCAGCACAGCUUGUGGCAGGUGCCCUGCCUGGACUUCUGACCCUGGAAUGGGAGAAAGGGGGCCUGUAGCCUGGUGAGGCCCAGAUUCUUCUGGGAGGAAUCCUGAGUUCCGGGCCCAACUCUGCAUGGCUGUGUACACACACCUGCCCUUCCCUGGGCCUCAGUUUUCCCAUCUGUACCCCGGACUGUGUCUAAGGGCUCCUCCAGCUUGAGUGAUCUGGACACUCACAGAUGGUCCCCAGGCCAGGGAAGAAGCGGAGGUGGGCAGGAUCACAGAGAAGACGCCCUAAGGGCUCACAGCCAGAGGGGGUGGGCCAAGCAGGGCUGGCCUGGGUUACAGCCACAGCAGGAAGAACCAGUGGAGGGACAUUCGGAAAGACCUCUGCGACAUGUGCACCAAGAAGAGGCUGGACAGAACUACUGAGACUCCUCCAUCAGCUUCUAAAAAUGCCCAGGAAAAAAAAAAAAAAAAAAACUGGAUCAUUUUGGUGCCAGAGACAGGAGGCUGGACAACAUGACCCUCAAAGAGCCAGAAUUGGCAUGUGGAAAGGGGCUGAAGCCCAGCUGGGGCUGAUGGAGUCAUAUAGAUGGGGGUCCUCUGGGACCUCGGCUGCACCCAUUUUCUGUAGGUUUUGCCAACACCCACAAUGUUUCACAGCU